CAGGAAGGACAGGUUCCCCGACAUGGUCCCUGACCCGCCAUCAUCUACGUCACCAGGGCGGACAUGAUGAAGGCGGCUGGGGAAGUCAGGUUUUUCCUCGCCCUCGUUGUUUUGGUGGGAUUAUGGACUGCAGUGCAGCUGUACUACAGUCCUGGACAAGAAUCUACAACUGAGCGAACCCCUGGGCUACUGAAGCAGAGAUCAAUGGUGAACACAAGACUCCGUGACAAGCCUCUAGUCUUCUACAACAGAGUUCCCAAGUGCGGAAGCAACUCCAUGAAAAUUCUGCUCAGGACAAUGGCAAAGAAUAAUUACUUCUCCUUCCUUGAAGACAAAGUCUACGUGAUAGAAACUUUCGAGGACAACGAGUUGCAAAUCUAUACAGAGUUGGUCUACAGACUCCCGACGCCUUCAAUUUACGAGAAACAAAUAUUCUAUGUUGAUUUUCGGAGGUUCGGGUUUCAACAGCCUUUGUAUAUCAACCUGGUUAGAGACCCUUUGGAAAGACGCGUGUCCUGGUAUUACUACAUACGCUUCGGACGGGUGGUGCACAGACCAAUACCGAGGAACUUUUCACAGCAAGAGAUGGCACAGACAUUCGAUGAAUGUGUCCUCAGCAACGCUUGGGAGUGCGACGCUGAGGGACAGGAAAGCUUUCUGAUGACGAAGUUUUUCUGCGGACACGAUCCGGUAUGCAGACAGCCUUCCCAGGCGGCAGUGGAAAGAGCCAAAGAGAACAUCAGGAGGCACUACGCUGUGGUCGGGGUACUGGAGGAGUUCAGCAGCUUCCUGAAGGUCCUGGAGGUGGUCAUGCCGCAGUUCUUCCGCGGAGCUCAUGACACGUGGAAAGAACUAACCCAGCAGACGCAACUUCUGGAAGAACAAAGAACUGUAAACAGAUCACCUCCUUCUCCCAGAAGUCAGAAGAUAAUGAGAGAAAGGUUAAAGCUGGACUACCAAGUGUACUACUUCAUAAGGGAGAGAUUCCACAGGCAGAAAACACAACUUGGAAUCAAGGACUGAUCAAGUUGACAACUGAAAUGUGCCUGGUGCUGCUAUAUAGUUCUCCUCAGGGGGAGUUUCUCAUGUUAUAAGGCUAAGACUACUGAUUAUGAAUUUAAGAGUCAUUUUACAUAUUUCAAACAACACAUUUUUUCAUUACUUUAGGUCUGUCCUGUGUGUGUGUGUAGAAAUUACUAUAGGGAACCAA